ACCUCCACCACCACCACCACCACCACCACCACCCCUCGUUUCAUCAUCAUUAUGACCAUCAUCAGGCAACCCACGCAGGGAUUCUUCACUCUCACACCACCUUCCUCUUUCCACUGCUGCCGCUGGAGUCGCUACUGCUGUUGCUGCUGCUGCUUUCCUCUGCAACCUUUUCCUUUUCUGCUCUUUUCCACCACCUCCUCUUGCGUGCGCCUCCCGAGCUCCCAUCCUCCCCUCCCAAGUCUCCUCAUAUUCUCCCCCACUGCAAUCAUGAAGGGAACUUGUGUCCUGUCGGAUAUAUAUCGUGAGAUGAAGGUAAAAUUGCUCCUUUUCGCUGCUUAAGUAGACUUGCUUGUCCCUCUUGAAGCGCAACUCUUCGCAAGAGCACCUGAAACAGAGAAGCAGGAAAAGAGAAGGUGAAGAAAGAUCGGAGGAAGACAUUAAAAGAUAUGGGUGUCGAUGUCAUCGUCUUCUUGUUCGGACUUAUUUACUCGGGUCAGUACAAAUUCUCUGCGUUUUCCCCGUCCAUGUUGGUUAAGCAAGUAAGAUAGAUACUUUUCUUGCCACCAUUACCAAACUUGAGAAGCGUCAGGAUUAAGAAGAACCGAAGUCCACUCAGCUCUUCGAGGAUGAAGCACUCACCAUACACCUGAGAGGAAAAGAAACUCUUUGACCAUACUCUUAUCAUUCUCAUGGCAAUAAAAUCUUCAAAGCUUUGCACAUGGUUUUGCAUUUGUUACCAUCAGUUCUUACAAAUCGUCUCUGCAGGAGUAGUCGCUAAAGGAUCAGAGGAUGGUUUGUCAUCCGGUCCAUCUCUCGCACGGACAACCGAUUCCAACAAAGAAAUGGUUUAUGAACCUGGAAAACAAUUCAACAGGUUUCUACUAGCUGAAACCGAGCUGCAAUCCUCGAAGACGAUGCCGGAAAUGGAUGUUGUCACUCCGAUAACUACAGUUCCGGUGCUCAACCCCACGAUCACCACCCCAACUACUACGACUCCCGACUACAAUCCCUUUCCCACAACAUCGACCACUCCGACUACGGACCCAUAUUCCACUCCGGCGAUGGUGACCCCAUCAUCAUCAUCGUCAUCCAGCCAAAGCUGGUGUGUUGCAAGCCAGACUGCAUCCAAGACUGGACUGCAGGUUGCUCUAGACUAUGCGUGUGGAUAUGGCGGCGCAGAUUGUUCGGCAAUUCAGGAAGGUGGCAGCUGCUACAACCCGAAUACAGUCCGUGAUCAUGCAUCGUAUGCAUUCAAUGAGUACUACCAGAAGAACCCAAUUCCUACCAGCUGUGAUUUUGGAGGAACAGCUGUGAUUACCAAUGUGGAUCCAAGUACUUCAACGUGUCAGCAUCCAUCAACAAGCACAAGCUCAUCUGUCCUCAACACGACUAUUCCUACUGGAUCAACAGUCUUCGGAUCUGUUCCUCCGGCAACAAGUGGCUCCACCUUGAUGUUAAACGGCAUGACGCUUGUAAUCACCGUCACGUGUCUUGUGAUGUCACUCUUCUUCUCAAGUGUCUGCAAAAUAGACACCAAAGAUAUUCUGUAAUGAUUCCAAAGAGAAAUGGCUCGAUGGCCAUUGUUUGCUCCAGCACCAACGGGUUCCCACGGCAAGGAGGCAAAGAAGCCCUCUUGAUGUCUCAUUCUAGGAGUGGAGAAGUUGACCGUGAAGUACUUUCUAGCAGAGCCCAAGGCCAGCAGAGUGUGUUACUCGAAAGCUUCCCGUAGCUAGCAGAGAUAGACGAACAAUUAACUUCUUUUAGUGAAUUAUAGAACAGUUUUGAUUGUA